AUGGUAUGACCUCGUGCAUGAUCGAUAUUCGGCAUGAUGAUAAAACGGAGUUUUGCCGAUCGUCAGUAUUGCAUGUAGGCAUCAACCUGCACGCGGAAAUGUUAGUCGGUCAUAGGCUAUAACACGUAACCUAUCACAAUAACAAAUACACGUCCAACUGAACGGGUCGAAUAAAUCAACAUGACUGAAAAUACAAUCAUCGGGAUCCACCAUCUCACGGAGAAGAGCUUAGGCCACAACGGGAUUGUCCAGCCCCUACUCACUGACUUGUAUCAGAUCACGAUGGCAUACGCCUACUGGAAGUCCGGUAAGACGAAGGAUAUAUCCGUCUUCGAUCUGUUCUUCCGGAAGAAUCCAUUCCAGGGGGAAUUCACGAUCUUCGCCGGAUUGGAGGAGUGUUUGAAGUUUCUGAAACGUUUCCAUUAUUCAGAAAGUGAUAUCGCAUAUUUGCGGCAGACUCUGCCGGAUACCAUUGACGAUGAGUUCUUCGAUUAUCUCAGCAAGCUAAACACGAACGACGUGACGUUGUACGCGGUGGAGGAGGGUUCCGUUGUAUUUCCUAGGGUUCCGUUGAUACGCAUUGAAGGUCCUUUGAUCAUAGUGCAGCUUUUGGAGACAACGUUAUUGACAUUAGUUAACUAUGCUAGUUUGAUGGCCACGAAUGCAGCAAGGUACAGGAUGGCAGCAGGGGAUUUAAAACUACUGGAGUUUGGAUUGAGGAGAGCCCAAGGACCUGACGGCGGUUUAUCGGCGUCGAAGUAUUCGUAUAUAGGUGGAUUCGAUGGUACGAGCAACGUGUUGGCUGGAAAACUUUUUAACAUUCCGGUGAAGGGCACUCACGCCCACGCCUACAUCACCUCGUUCACCGACCUGACGGAGUUACAGACGUGCACCCUGGUUCCUAAAGCUGGUGGUGAACACAGGAAUCUCUCUGAACUGGCAACCAAUUGGAGGCUGAAGCUGAUUUCCCUGUUCAAUGUGGUCAGCACGGAGGCGAGCGAUGGCGAGCUGGCUGCCCUCAUCUCCUUCGCCAUAGCCUUCCCGGAUGGCUUUAUGGCCCUUGUCGAUACGUACGAUGUUAAGAGGUAUCCAUGUCGCAUGACCCACGCCAUCACAAUGUGGCCUGUCACUCUGCCCAACACUCUAUCGCAUAACGAGUACAGGAGUGGUUUAUUGAAUUUUUGUGCUGUUGCUUUGGCAUUGAAUGAUUUGGGAUACCAGGCAAUUGGUAUCAGAAUUGACAGUGGAGACUUAGCCUAUCUGUCUAAUGUGGCCAGACACUUCUUCAACGAGAUCAGUAAACAAUACGAUAUCCCAUGGUUUGCUGAGCUUAUGAUCAUGGCUUCAAACGACAUCAAUGAAGAGACGAUCCUUAGUUUAAAUGACCAAGGACACAAGAUCAAUUGCUUCGGGAUCGGGACACAUUUAGUCACCUGCCAGAGGCAGCCUGCACUGGGAUGCGUAUAUAAAAUGGUAGAACUAAAUGGACAACCCAGAAUCAAACUGAGUCAGGACGUUGGGAAAGUAACCAUGCCAGGCCGCAAAGACGCGUAUCGUCUGUACAGUGAAAGCGGCGAUGCUUUGAUUGAUCUGCUACAAAAAUCUUCAGAGGAAGCUCCGCAGGUAAAUCAUAAAGUACUUUGCAGACAUCCGUUCGAGGAAUCGAAACGCGCCUAUGUGACGCCAUCGAAAGUAAAGAAAUUGUUGAGGAUUUGCUGGAAGGAUGGUAACAUUGUAGGACCUCUUCCCAGCUUAGCUGAGAUAAGAAAUAAAGUGCAAGCUUCGCUUAAAACUUUAAGACCUGACAUCAAACGCAAUUUGAAUCCGACGCCAUUUAAAGUAGCAGUGAGUGACAACUUGUACAAAUUUCUACACGACUUGUGGCUUCAGAACGCCCCAAUUGGCGAACUUUCAUAAACUUUACAAUUCCAAAUUAUUUAAUUGCACAUAAUAUAGAUAACUGUAGUCCAUCUGUUCUAAAUACUUCAAACACUUUGGGAUAGCUUAGGAACAACGUAGAAAGCAUUGAAGGAUUUGUAAACUUUGUACUAGAAUAUAAGGAUGAUCACUACUGCACAAAAUUCCGGAUGGAGGAGGACAUGUAAACUAAACAAAUGAUUUAUAUGACAUAUAUACAGAGAUAGACAUGUAUAUAUAUAUACACAUUUGUAUUGGGCUGUGAAGUAUUUUAAAGGUUGAGAGAUCGACAUAUUUAAAAUAUUAAACAAAGCACCAAAUUUGAAAUUCUAUUAAUUAACAAAUAUACUAUGAGCAAAUCAACUAAAAAAAGUAUAUCUCUGCUAUUUUUUUACACGUAUAGAAACAAUCAAAUAAUUGUUAAGUUUAACAAAUCGGAUUAUGUACAGUAGAUUAAGUAAAGUAUGGAAACAA